UAAAAUACUCCCACCACCUUAAAUCAUUUAUUUAAAUUUGUUGAAACAAAAACGGUAAAUAACUGUCAAACUAAGAAUCCAAGAAUUGUCUGAUUACCAAUUCUCAAAUUUGUCCAUUUUCCGUUUAUGUCUAUAACGAUUUUGACUUUUAACAAUGUUGUAAUUCAAAAAUAAAUACUAACCAAAAGACUGCAUCUUUGUUAAUGACAUUUAAAACUCUAAGUAAUCAUUAUGAAUAGUGUUGACUGUGGUACUCGUUAAAUCGUUUUUAAAAAUGCACUGUGUUCCGAUUUGGCUUCAUAAAAUACAAGACAACGACAAAACUCCACAAUGCAUAUACAGCUUGUGUUUUAGCGUUGAUGGUUCUCAAUUACUUGUAACGGCAGCCCAAGAAGUUCUCGUUUACCGUUCCGUAGAUGGUUAUCUAUUGAGCACGUUAAAAGGACACAAGGACAAUGUUUUUUGCUUGGCGAGUUCUAAAAAUGGCAAACUGUUUGCUUCAGGUGGAGCCGAUAAGACAGUUAUACUGUGGUCUUAUAAAUUUGAACCAGUUGGAAAAUACAAUCACAACGAUACCGUGCAGUGUAUGUCGUUCAACCCGGUAAAUCAUAAUCUGUUGAGCUGUAGUACAUUUGAAUUUGGACUAUACCAGCUCGAGCAAAAGUCUUUUCAAAAAUUCAAGACGUCAAGUAGAAUAAAUGCGUGCGCUUGGUCAAAAGACGGACAGUUAUUUGCUUUAGGAUUCGACAACGGCAAUGUAUCCAUUCAAAAUCAAAUUGGCGAAGAAUGUGCAAAUAUAGAAAAAUCGGAUGGUCAUUCGAUUUGGGCUAUUGUUUGGUUACCGCCUAAAAAUUACGAAGAUGAAAUGUUGUGCGUAACGGAUUGGGGUAGAAAAUUAUCGUUUUAUAAAAGUGAUGGUUCCGAAAUUUCCAAAAGUAAACGAAUCGAUUUAGAAGCGUUGACAAUGAAAACGUUGUGUAACGAUUGUUAUUUGUUAAUUGGCGGCUGCAAGGGAAAAUGUUGUGUGUACUCUGCCGACGGAGUUAAGCUUGGCGAAUUGGAAGACAAGCAAAGCUGGAUUUGGAGUUCGGCGGUACAUCCCUGUUCGACGUUUAUGGCGUUAGGUUGCCAAGACGGAACGUUGGCUUAUUACAAAAUCGAAUUCAGCGUAAUACACGGACUUUACCAAGAAAAAUAUGCAUUCAGAGAGAAUAUGACUGAUGUUGUAAUUCAGGACUUGAUCACUAACAAAAAAGUCAGAAUUAAAUGCAGAGAUCUAAUACAAAAAAUCGCUAUUUACAAAGAUCGUUUAGCCGUGCAAUUACCGUCGAAAAUAAUUACCUACGAAUCGUCUUCAAUUCAAGCGCCCGAAAUGCAUUAUCGCAUAAAAGAAAAAAUGACUGAAGUCGCAAUGUGCAAUUUACUUGUCGUGUGUUCGAAUAAUUUAGUUUUAUGCGAGGAAACGAGACUUCAGUGUUUGUCGUUCGCCGGUGUUUUUGUUCGCGAAUGGAAUACGGACUCUGUAGUGAAAUAUUUAAAAGUGAUCGGCGGCUCUGUCGGCAAAGAACAAAUUCUCGUCGGUCUGGAUAACGGACAAGUUUUAAUGUUGCGAAUCGACAGUACAAUGGUACAACAGUUGUUUAACGUUAACAAGAGCGUUCGUUGUUUGGACGUCAACUUAACAAUGAACAAAGCGGCCGUCGUCGACAGCGAUAACAAGUGUUCGUUUUUUGAUGUCCACUCGAAAAAGCUAUUGUACCAAGAAUCGGAAACCACCAGUGUUGCGUGGAAUUCCAAAUUUGCCGACAUGGUGUGUUUUUCUGGUAGAAAUAUGUUCAACAUUAAAGUGAACGAGUUCCCGGCUCAUCAACAAAGAAUCACUGGACAUGUAAUUGGAAUGUGUGGAUCAAAAAUUUUCGCUCUCAACGACUCGUUGGUGACUGUCGUUGAAGUCGCUCUCUCCGUUCCACUUUAUCAAUAUAUAGAAAAAAAAUAUUUUGGUGAAUCGUACCAAAUUGCUUGUCUUAACGUCACGGACUCCGAUUGGAGGAUACUGGCCCGAGAAGCCUUGGAAAAUUUCAAUUUCCGAAUAGCCAAAAAAGGAUUUGCUCGUAUUAAAGAGUUGAAAUAUUUAGAACUCGUUGCACAAUACGAAGAAACCGGAUUGCACGGUGAAAAAGACAAACACUGUCUGUUGGCCGACGCCUUCACUUACGAAGGUAAAUUCAAAGAAGCCGCUAGAAUUUAUCAAAAAUGGGGAUUCGAACACAAAGCGUUCACCAUGUACACGGAUUUAAGAAUGUUUGAUAUGGCUCAAGAAUUUAUCGGUUCAAACACGGUAGGAGACAAUAAGGAUUUACUUCUAAAACGAGCGGAAUGGGCCAUGAGCAUAGACGAGUUUAAAGUAGCAGCCGAGCUUUACAUUUCGGCCGAAGAAUAUAAUCGAGCUAUUGAUAUCAUGGUACACAACGGUUGGUCGCAAAUGUUAUUACAACUAGGUCGUCGCCUGGACAAAGCCGAAGAAACUAUUUUAGCCAGGAUCGGUGAUGAACUUCGUAGGUUAGGCGAUGUGGACAGUGCGGCGGAAAUGUACUCGAAAAUGGGCAAAGACGCCGGACUCGAUAUGGUGACUUUACACGUUGAAGCGCGCAACUGGGAACAAGCGUUCGUAUUGGUGACGAAAAAUCCUACGUACGCCCCGCUCGUAUAUCUGCCGUACGCCGAGUGGCUAGCUGAAAACGAUAAAUUCAUUGAAGCUCAAAAAGCGUUUAUGAAAGGCGGUCGACCUGAACGUGCAUUCAAAGUGUUGGAAAUUCUAACCGAAAACGCUGUCGACGAACAACGAUUUCAAGAAGCCAGUUAUUACUAUUGGUUGUUGAGCCGACAAUGUUUAAACAUUGCGUCAAACGGCGACGACAACACUGACGACAUAAUAAGCAAAUUUCAUUUGUACGACAAGUACGCUUCGAUUUAUUAUGCAUAUCACGCCGUCCAUCGAUAUAUGGAAGACCCUUUCACGUCGCAUCAGCCGGAAACAUUAUUCAAUAUAUCACGGUUCCUCAUGAACGAAACAAGAGAUAUCCAACCAAAAGGCGUUUCGAAAUUUAUUAUUCUGUAUUCGUUGUCGAAACAAGCAUUAAGUAUGGGCGCUUUCAAAUUAGCGAGACAAACCCUAAACAUGUUGAGAAACUUAAGAAUACCGGUCAAGUAUCAGACUUCUGUGGAUCUUGCUACAUUAAGCAUCCGUGCAAAGCCGUUCCACGACAACGAAGAUCUCUUGUCCAUGUGCUAUAGAUGUUUAACGUACAAUUCGCCCGGAUUACAACAAUGUGUUACUUGUAAUCACAAAUUUAUAUUUUCGUACAUUAAAUUCGAAAUAUUGCCGCUGAUAGAAUUCCACGUAGAAGACGAUAUAUCGGACACAGACGCAUUAAAAUUAAUUCACAGUUCUAACGACGUCGUCACAUCACAAACAAACCAAAGCAAAUCACAAGACACCGAAACAUUAGUUUUGGACGAAGAAAAUCCAGACAACUCUAUCGAUCCGUUUACCUACAAACUUAUUAAUUUCGAGACUGAAGGAACGGAUCGUCACUCCGUCGUAGUCAAUAGGUCAACACUCCGAACAAUGAACGUCAACAGCGUUAUAGUAUGCAAAUGGCCGAAGCCGUUAAAGUAUAAAUAUUACAGAAAUUUAUUACCCGGGUUUUUGGUAACCAACUGUGAAAAUUGUUUCAAGCUGUUUCAUUCGGACGAGUACGAAGUGGAAUUAUUGAGACAAGGAUACUGCCCGUUUUGCAGAACUCAAGAUCCAAGGACAUCUGAAGGAAAUAAUUAACAAAAAACCUCUAAUAGUUGUAC